CUGAUGCAAUAAUUUGCCGACUGCUUGACGCCCUUACACCCCUUGUCGCCCUCUCGUGUUCUUUAUAUGAUUUUUGGCGGGCAAAGUAGCCUGCCUUUUGCCGCUCGGCCUCAACAUAUCCGCUGAUGCAGAGAUUCACCGUCCCUAUUGUUUCUCGAGAAAACUCAAGGAGUUUAUGCCGGCCUGUAUGGAAGAGAAGCGCGCUUGAACUGGAUGGCAGAUUUUCUUCUAGGUUCCGGCGUGAUUCUUUCCAGCUGCUCCUUGAUUUGUAUGCCGAAGUUAGGUCUUUUGGGCAUAAUUGCUGCUCUCGCCCUGACUGUCCAACUCACGCUGCACGAGUUAUAAGUGCUGCAAACCAAAAUAGGCCAAACCCUUUUAUAAGGGAGGGAAUUUCAGGUCUGGAAUUUGACUCCAAGGGCAUCUAUGUGGCGUCUGUGACAAAGUCCGGUUGUUUAACUGUAGUGGACUUCGAAAAUUUGUAUUGCUCAGUUUAUGGCCCAUAUUCAAGUUUGUGUGAGGAUGAAUCAAAAUGUGUGCUUCACAUUUGUACUUCUAAGUCAUUAGAUGCUGUUCGGUGGAACCCAGCAAAUCAAGAUGAGGUCUGCUGUGUAUCUAGAAAGCAUAGUUCGGUUCUUCUUUAUGACAUUGGUUAUGUGUCUUCCGAACCCAUUGAAGUUUUUGAGAAAGGGAAGCUGAACUUUUCUGUGCCUGAAGCUUUUAAUGGCUUAUCCGAUAUUGCGUUUGCUUCCCCUGACAAGUCCAGGUUGCUUGCAUCUGGAUUAGAUGGUUCUAUUUAUAUAUGGGAUAGGCGUCUCAGCAAUCUUUCAUGUCUUAGACUGAGUUCUAGCUCUAAGAGCCCUCUUAACAGCAUUGAAUUAGAUAUUGAAGAUCGGAUUGUUUUUGGAGCUAAUCAACAAGGCAUCAUAUAUGCUUGGGAUCUUCGUGGAGGAAGGUCAUCCUUUGCUUUUCAAAGUCAUAAUGAGGAUUGUUACCCACUUCUUACGUCUUUGAAGGUAUCAUCAAUGUUAGAGAAUAUAUCUGCAUUAAAGGAGCAGUCAAAUAUAUUACCAAAGGAAAUUCACUCCAUCAAAUUGGAUCCUUCCUGCUCUUACCAGUUAGCUUUCCACCUUGAUGAUGGCUGGUCUGGAGUUCUGAACCUUAACAGUUUAAAUGUGACGCACAUGCACUGCCCUCCCCCUCCUUGGUUGGAUGGCAUUAAUGAACCUGUUGCUCAGUGCUUGAGAAGACCCGCUUGGCUUCCUGCAAACUCGGUUUAUGCAGUGGGGUCUUCUUCUGUUAAUGGAGUUUAUUUGCUAGAUUUCUUUCCAGGUAGAAGCUCGGCUUGCCAUGUGGAUCACAGUGAUGGAGCAAAUAAUGUUUCGGUUGAAAGUAAAGGAGUUGGCAAAAACAGAUUUAUUCCUGUCUCAGAGAUUGUUUUAGCUUGUGCUGUUCAUCCCCAAAAUGGCGCCAUCAUAGCUGGAUCUAAGCAAUCUGCUUUACUGAUGGUUUCUCGAACGCACCAAACUGAUGACGAGGAGAACCAACAACAUGAAGGCUGUUAAUCGACAGGGUGUGAAUUUCUUGAAAUUCUGUAGUGUAGAAACUAUUAUGAUGGCCCUAUAACGUUGAGAGCAGGAAUAAUAUAACCUUAGGCACUCAUGAAGUUUCACUGCUACAGCUCAGAUUCUUUUUAGUAUGCUAAUUGUUUUAUUUCUGCUAGAGGAUGUCUAAUUUAGUGCGUCAUCAGUUUUUUUUUUUUUUUGCUUCCUACCUGAAUGUUUUUUUUCUGCUGUAACCUUGAGUUUAGGUUCAAUGUACCGAAAACAACCAUUUAUAGGUGUAAGUGUCACACUUCAGUAUAUAUACCAUAACAACUUGGAUAUAAUCAUAUGAUAAAGCAAUUUAAUCUCAAUUUAUGAGCAAACUUUCAAGAUAUUGGUAUGUCUGGAAUAUGAUUGUGUUGAUCAAUUUGGUUA